AGGGUACGUGUUUACGUAACACGCAGUCCAAGGGCGGGGCUUGCGGCUAGAGGGCGGGCGGCGGUGGCUCGGGGCCUGGUCCCGCCGGUACCAUGUCCAAAACUGUGGCCUAUUUCUACGACCCCGACGUGGGCAACUUCCACUAUGGAGCUGGGCACCCUAUGAAGCCCCAUCGUUUGGCAUUGACCCAUAGCCUGGUUCUGCAUUAUGGUCUCUAUAAGAAGAUGAUCGUCUUCAAGCCGUACCAGGCCUCCCAGCAUGACAUGUGCCGCUUCCACUCUGAGGACUACAUUGACUUCCUGCAGAGAGUCAGCCCCACCAAUAUGCAAGGCUUUACCAAGAGCCUUAAUGCCUUCAAUGUGGGCGAUGACUGCCCAGUGUUUCCCGGGCUCUUUGAGUUCUGCAGCCGUUACACAGGUGCAUCCCUGCAAGGAGCAACCCAACUGAACAACAAGAUCUGUGACAUUGCAAUAAACUGGGCUGGUGGUCUGCACCACGCCAAGAAGUUUGAGGCCUCUGGCUUCUGCUACGUCAAUGACAUUGUAAUCGGCAUCCUGGAGCUGCUCAAGUACCACCCUCGAGUACUCUACAUUGAUAUCGACAUACACCAUGGUGAUGGCGUUCAGGAAGCCUUCUACCUCACUGACCGAGUGAUGACUGUGUCCUUCCACAAAUAUGGAAAUUACUUCUUCCCUGGCACUGGUGACAUGUAUGAAGUUGGAGCAGAGAGUGGCCGCUACUACUGUCUCAAUGUGCCCUUACGGGAUGGCAUUGAUGACCAGAGUUACAAGCACCUUUUCCAGCCAGUCAUCAACCAGGUGGUGGACUUCUAUCAACCCACAUGUAUUGUGCUCCAGUGUGGAGCUGACUCUCUGGGCUGUGAUCGAUUGGGCUGCUUUAAUCUCAGCAUACGGGGACAUGGGGAAUGUGUUGAAUAUGUCAAGAGCUUUAAUAUUCCUCUACUGGUGCUGGGUGGUGGCGGCUAUACUGUCCGAAAUGUUGCUCGCUGCUGGACCUAUGAGACAUCACUGCUGGUAGAAGAGGCCAUUAGUGAGGAGCUUCCCUACAGUGAAUAUUUCGAGUACUUUGCCCCGGACUUCACACUUCAUCCAGACGUCAGUACCCGUAUUGAGAACCAGAACUCACGUCAGUACCUGGAUCAAAUCCGCCAGACAAUCUUUGAAAACCUGAAGAUGCUAAACCAUGCACCUAGUGUCCAGAUUCAUGAUGUACCUGCAGACCUCCUGACUUAUGAAAGGACUGAUGAGGCUGACGCAGAGGAGAGGGGUCCAGAAGAGAACUACAGCAGGCCUGAGGCACCCAAUGAAUUCUAUGAUGGAGAUCAUGACAACGACAAGGAAAGCGAUGUGGAAAUUUAAGAACAGCUUUGUUCCAAGGAAUUCCUUUUCACGUCUGGAUUGGGUGGGAGAGAAGGAUAUGGGUCCUUCACUCCUGGACUGGUUACCUCCAGAACUUUUACUAAUUUGGGGGAAGGAUUUGGAGACCUCAUGUGUUUUUAGAACCAUCUAUACCCCAUUUCCUCUAUCAUAGCCUGACCAUGGUACCUUUUAUGAGUGGGAUGGGACUAGGAUAGAUGUCUCUGGGGAAUUAUGGGCAGUGAGCACUAGAGGACAUUUCCCAGAUCUCUGGCCCCUUAUUUUUUCUGUUUACCUCCAACCCUGAGACUUGGAGAUGAAAAAGUAGACAAGACUGAGAUUGCCUCUGACAUCUUCUCUUGGGUAAUCUCACUGCAGGCCUUGCUUCCAAAACACCUAGAGUGAAGGUUUUGGAGGACCUUGACUCCUAACUCCUUAACUCCUGGUGAUUAAAAGUAUAAUUUCAAGUAAGGGGAAAUGUCCUGUAAAAAUGUCCUGUUCUACUUUUUGGCUUUGUGUUCAUUUUACCACUGUUUUUAUCCAAUAAACCAAGUUGGUAUUUUUUUAUACAUA